AUGGUCGCACGCGUUUCUGGGACCUCUUUCAAAUUAAAAGGAUUUACUACACCCCGCGGCAGCGAGCUGAGCGAUAGCGAAAUAGUCCAAGCAGCUUUUGAAGAGUCAACCAUGACGUUGCAAAAGACGCAAGCAGACUAUUAUAACAUCAUCAAUAACUGCGAUAACUCAUCGACUGCAAAAUUGAGCUAUUAG